UGUCUUUGUCUAAGCAUGCGCUGUAGUAAAUAUAUGAGUGUCUACAUUUAUUUUGUGAUAUAGAAAAACAGGAGUUUUACGUCUAUAGAAUAUUUUUUCGGAGUUGGUGAUUUCUUUCUAAAAAGACUGUCAGUAUAUCAGAACUGUAAAUAUAACUUUAGUUAGUACGGGAAAAGGCAGGGAACAGAGCAAACUUGACGUACAGCGUAUCAAUCGAACGCAGAAUUGUACUGCUCUUCAGAAAAUUACAUCUUAAGUGUUUUAUUUAAAAAUCAGAAGGUUCGGCCGUAAUAGAUAACUCCAUGGCGCCCACAACGACAGUGAACGUUGAAGACUCUCCAGAUGAAGAAUCUUCUAGUCACUGCAGUGCCCUAUUAUGUGCAUCGUAUUUUCUAGGGGCGUUAGCUUGUUGCCUGAUCAUGGGAGGGAUCUUUCUAGCUUUCUACCGAUGGGAUUACAUGUGGCUUAUCGUAUCUAUGAUUGGUGCAAUCCUAGUACUCAUUGGAUCGGGGAUUCACUUCUGUGGCUCCAAAACCAAAAAUAAGAGUCGGCAGAAAGUGAAACCAAGAAGACCGACAAUAAAACAUAACCAGAGCCUCACGGAACAGCUAAUUCCAUCGGCUCCUCCUCUAAAUAAUGCCUGUUCCGCCAGUCAGCUUUCUCUCAAUGUGUUACCUCCAUAUUUCUCUGCAUUCGACACGGUUUCGGUAGUUUCUAAUCAACCCGAGCCAUCAGCUCCAAUACUAAAGAUCAAUGGUCAGAAUUAUCUGUUAUUUUCCGUUAACUGUGACCUGUCCAACGCUGACGCCCAGAGUAUUGUUGCCAGGCUGAGUACAGUUCUUUCAAACAGUACUAUGGACCUUCUGUGUGAAAGAACCGAGCUACCUAAUUCAAGAGAUAAACAAACUAUUGUACAAACAGGUGAUCAAUGUUGUCAAACUGAAAAUAAUAUUUCUUCAGUUGGACCAAAGUCUCCUUGUAAUCGACAUUCUUUUCUUCAGACUAUUAAUGGCGUAAUCUCUCUCCAAUCGCACGAAAAACAAGAAUCAAAGGACCAAACACGAGAUACCAGUAUUAUUAUAUCCGCUAGCCAAUCGAAUGCUUGUAUGAAUGAAAAUAUAAAUGAUCAAAAUAGAUCGGGUGAAACGACAGCUAAAAAUGUUCCAGUUUCCGGUACCAACAACAGUCGUUGUCAGGACGAAGCUUCGGGUGUUGAUCCCAAUGUCAACGGUUCUCAGGACCCCAUUUCUAAUAUUAAUCAAAUGUCAUUAGAACCUGUUAGUGAAAUCGAUGGAGUGCAGUCGAUGGACCUCUCAGGAAACGAUGAAAAUACUCCAAGUGUAUCACUGAUUAUGAAUAUCGAAACUGUUUCAAAUGGAAACGAAGAAGUUUUAUUAAACGUAAAUUGCGAAGAACAGUUAACUGAAGCAAUAAAUAAUGAUAUUAUCAUUUCAGAAGCUUUAGUUGCUGAAGAGGAAGGUCGUGAAACGAAUCUGGAUCAGGAAGACUUGUAUGAUGUCCCAAGGCAGCCGAUCAGACCUGUUGAGGUGGGCUCUGUAGCGCCACCUAACUGUAACACAAUUGAUAAUCUUAACAUGUGUAGUACUAACGAACCAGUUGGAAGCAAUAACAAUGAUGAAGCUUCUUCUUCGUACCAAUCUUCAGACGAAUGCAGUGAUGUCAACGUAACAAACGAUAUUUCUGAGAAUGAUUUAUUAGCUGGAUCUGAGUCAACAGUUCCUACCUCACCAAAAGUUGUUGAACCUGCUACUACCAGUGUCUUAACACAUGUGGAAGUUAACAUAGAUGAUGGUAUUUCUAUUGAACCGGUUUGUGAGUCCAAUGACAUCUGUUUACAGUCUGGUUUAAAUCAGCCACAGAGAGUGCCUUCAACAGAAGUUGCUGUUCAACCGGAGUUAAGAAGUCCGCGUGACAGUGGUGAUGAACAGAAUUCUGGGCAAGAAAAUCAUAACAUAUCGACACAUACACACAUUCCAGAAAUUUGUGUCACCUAUAAUCAAGAAACAGGUGAUAAUAAUGUUACAACUGUGGAAGAGCACGCGUCGCACGGAAAUAAUCUUCACGAACGCUCACAGACUGCCAACGUCAUUGAUUCCAACCCAUAUGUACUAAUGUAUGCCCCCACUAUUGAAUCCACCCUACUCAGUGAUCUCGAGGACGAAGAUGUCCGACCAACUCCGCCUCCUAGCUACGAAGAGGUUGUACUGGAUCCUGAACUUAACGAAAGUUCCUAUAACCUAUUGUAUGGGACGAUUUGAACACUUUGUCAGGAUCGUUCGUUGUGCAGAUCGACUCAUGCUCGAGGCCUAUGUGAUAAAAUAACUGUGAAGUGAAACGAAAAGAUUGCCAUUUGCAAGUCAAAUUAUGUUUGUCUAGCCAAGAGAGUGUGUUUUAAUACUAAUGUAUUUCUAGGACAGCAGGCGCUUAUAUUAAGUUUUUACGCCUGUAUUGCGAAAAAGAAUCGGGUUCCCAAACGGAACACUUAAUUGGCUAAGCCUAGCUUUUUCGUUGACCAAUGAAUUCAAAUUGGAACUUAACUAGUUUUUACGUAAAUUUACACUCCAAACUAGUUAUAUCUUUUCGAGUAUGCAUUCUGAUACGUGCAACUUAUAGCAUGAUAUUUUUAUACCAUUUUAUUGAUUUUGAUUCGAAUAACAGAUAAUUGAAAGCGUGAGAUAAAUAAUUAUAAUUGUUCUGAAGACUAGAUACCUAUUCAAAUCAAAUACGAAGGUGCUAAAAUAGCGAAGAAAAUGAUUUUAUAUGAAUAUUUUAAACCCACGCUGUUUUUGGAAACACUACGUUAACUUUGAAGAUAUAUUAAUAAUAAUUCCAAUAUCGCUUGAAUAUGCACAGUUUUCGGCGAGUUUCGAAAUUAACAGCGACGAGAAACAGUUGAGCUCAAUAUUUAUACUCGUAUACAGAAUUAUAUAUUGGAAUUAAUGUUACAUUUGUAUAUUUUGCAAAUAGUUUCACGGAUUUCCUUUGUGAUGUGUAGCGAAAUAAAAAAAAAUAGGCACGGUUUAUUAGUUUCGAAGGAAACGCUAAUCUCAAGUGCUUGUUUUAAAAAGAUACGGUAAGCAAGUCGAUACGUGUAUACAAGAAAUUCAUAUCUUUAACCAAGUAUUGAGUAUUCUUAUCCACGAAAUUUUGAAUUUGAAAACUAAAAUGUUAUCUCCAGAAAUAUAGUCUCGUGUAAAUAUAAGAAUCAAAUUUUAGAUUAUUUUUCAUCGUUUUUCAUAUUCAAACAGUAUAAAAUUGGAUAUAUAUCUAAUAAGAGGACUUGUACGAUUAGUAUAUGUGCAAAUAUUACAAAAUAACGUAUAGACGUCUCUUGUUAAUUUAGUAACACCAACAAAUCAAUGAGAUUCACAACCCUAUGUGAACCUCAACGGUAUUUUUCCCCAGUAUUAAGCACAUUUUUUUUGUGAACUAACAAACAAUAAAAAUAUUUUCAAAUUUAAAAUCUGAUUUUGUCGUCAUCUAUCUGACACUUCUACUGG